UGCAGGUGUCUCGUCUCAGGUGCCUGUCCAGUGCAGACCUUCAACACUGGGUUUUCACUUGACUUCGUUUUCUUUUCCUGUUCUCCUCAAAUAGGCUUGCCUAAACUAUUUGAUUUAGUAUAUAUUUUUUGCUUUCUAAAACAUUAACCAUGUCUUUUUCAGACGAGUCAAAACUUUGAAUUGUUGUCUGCUUAAGAGAAGCCAGCUGGAUGAAAACGAUGCGUGAGGUAUCAAUUUAUGCCUGUUGAAUAGGCACACUUGGAGAGGAGGGUAGGCCUAUGUUUUUCCGUCACCGUUGGUUACUGUGAGUGACGGGGUAAAGAUGUCUGUGAUGGAAAACAUAAGGAAAGAAAGGGAACAAUUGAUUAUAUCGAUUCGCCGUCUUACCAGGAUAAACUACAACUGUACAAGCUGAGGGUAGUCGUUAUUUAUCAACUAAACGCAUGAUCGAGUAUGGCAGGUGUUCACAUAUGACAGCAAAUUAUAGUGACUAGUUAGUUGAUCAUUCUCUUGUGAAAUAAAACGGGGGUCCAAUCGGGAACUUCUGAUUGUCAAGAGUUCCCAUCCCUCUUCAACACCAUGGACGUCGUCGACUACAGAAGCGAGUUAAGGAUGUCAGCCAGAGAAGUCAAAGCCUUCCUAGACGCGGACAGAUUCACGGGUGUCUGGGACGGGAUUCAGGGUGAUGUUGAAUAUAGAUUUGUGGAUGUCCUGCUAUUUGGUGGGGCACCUUGGGGGUUCACUCUGAGAGGGGGUCUGGAGCACCGAGAACCACUGCUCAUAACCAAGGUGGAGGAGGGCAGCAAGGCGGCGACCGUCAGCCUGCAGGUGGGAGAUGAGAUCGUCAACAUCAACACAGUUCCCAUCAGUGGAUCCAGACAGGAGGCCAUCUGUCUGGUCAAAAGCUCCCACAAGACCCUCGCCCUGGUCGUCAGAAGGAGGAAUGAACCAGUCUCCCAGCCCCAUUCAUGGCACUCCUCCAAGUUCACAGAAGACCACCCCGAACCCACAGAGAGUCACAACGAGCCUUCACCUGUGUGGCAGGUCAAACAUGAAGUCAGUGCAUCCACAAAAGACCUUUCCAGCUGCGGGGACCACGACUCGAAUCUACGCCAGUUAUCUAGCCAGUUCAGCUCUGUGGGGAAUAUGGAGAGAGUAGAGCGUCCCUCACACCCCUACCCACCAGGUUGCCUCUCCCCCAGCAGGUACCACCGCAGCGCUGAGCCUCUCUCUGGGGGUGGAGUGUCUGGUGGGAAGAGCGAAUCACCCUUCAGCUGCCUGUCCUCUACCAGCCCUCCCCCGGAGCCUGCUCUGGCCCUCACCAACACUGAGGCGACUGAGGGCAGCGUGUUCUAUAAGGGGGUCCAGACUCAGGGUGAGCAGCGCCACAGCCGGAACCUCCAGCUGCCCCAGGGGGACGGAGGCUCAGAGAGCCCCAGGACAGUCCCAGAGGAGCAGCCUGGCUCCCGCUACUCCAGCUCAGGCUCUGGCAGAUCGCACAUAGGCCCUGUGUGGCACGUCCCAGAGAGGAGGAAGGUAGCAGCCCCCCCCUCUCCUCCUCCUCCUCCCCUGCGCAAUGACAGCUUUGCUGCCACCAAGGUGUACCCUGCCUACACAGAGGGGCCUGGAGCUCCACCACAGGCCCCAGAGAACAGCAGCUACAGAGCCCGGGGCAACCAUAUCUCUCACAAUGAGAAUGGGCCAGACCCCAGGUGCAGUUACAACCCUCCACCUCACAAGAAAGACUUCCUCCACCCAAACAUAGCUGCAGGUGCACCUGACUACAACCACAACCAGCUCAGCAACCCAAACAAACUGUUCUCGCUGUCUAGCCAAGACGUGAGACAGAGUCAGUCUCCCUUCGCUUGCCUGCCCAACCACCAGCGGCAGUACAGCGACGAAAGCACUUUCUACCUGCAGACCAGAUCCGCCCCACAUCCACCGAAGCCGCAGAGCGUUGGUAGCUACUACCACAGCCUCCAGGAGCUCCCUACCAACCGGAGUAACAGUAGGAACCACGUGAGGUCCUCCACCACGUCCCUGUCCACCUCGACCAUCGACCAGAACUAUGACGGCGGAGGACACAUCAGGUACUACUGCAUCACAACCAAGCAGCCAGGCCAGCCAGAGACUCGUGUUAGACAGAGCAAAUCAGAGGUCUGGAUGGCUGACAUGGAGCUAGCUAAGGGCUCAAACGACAGGGGCUCCACAAGUUCCUCCCACAAGACCAACAAGGUCAAGUAUCAUCCUCAGCCGCCUUACGCCAACAGCAAGGAGCGGAACGGAAAUGUCAAAGCGGCCAACGUUCUGCUUUACGAACACACAGCCUCCAAUUCCUCAUCUGGUAAACCUACCACUGAGGAGAGGGAGAGGAGGAGUGAGGGCCAGAGACCUACAGAGGCCCAGCUUAGAAGCUCUUACUCUCCCAGUCCGCCCAAGGACCACAAGGCGGCACCGCUGAGAGAAGACCCUUGGGUCUCUCAGGAGAACAAUAAGAUCUCUUCUCAAAAGACACCCAUGCUCCACAGUCUGGCUCAGGGGAGUAGAAGCCUAGCCCAGGAGAGUAGGAGCCCAAUGCUUCAUUCUCUAGCCCAGGAGAGUAGGAGCCCAAUGCUUCAUUCUCUAGCCCAGGAGAGUAGGAGCCCAAUGCUUCAUUCUCUAGCCCAGGAGAGUAGGAGCCCAAUACUUCAUUCUCUAGCCCAGGAGAGUAGGAGCCCAAUGCUUCAUUCUCUAGCCCAGGAGAGUAGGAGCCCAAUGCUUCAUUCUCUAGCCCAGGAGAGUAGGAGCCCAAUGCUUCAUUCUCUAGCCCAGGAGAGUAGGAGCCCAAUGCUUCAUUCUCUAGCCCAGGAGAGUAGGAGCCCAAUGCUUCAUUCUCUAGCCCAGGAGAGUAGGAGCCCAAUGCUUCAUUCUCUAGCCCAGGAGAGUAGGAGCCCAAUGCUUCAUUCUCUAGCCCAGGAGAGUAGGAGCCCAAUGCUUCAUUCUCUAGCCCAGGAGAGUAGGAGCCCAAUGCUUCAUGCUCUAGCCCAGGAGAGUAGGAGCCCAAUGCUUCAUGCUCUAGCCCAGGAGAGUAGGAGCCCAAUGCUUCAUUCUCUAGCCCAGGAGAGUAGGAGCCCAAUGCUUCAUUCUCUGGCCCAGGAGAGUAGGAGCCCAAUGCUUCAUUCUCUAGCCCAGGAGAGUAGGAGCCCAAUGCUUCAUUCUCUGGCCCAGGAGAGUAGGAGCCCAAUGCUUCAUUCUCUGGCCCAGGAGAGUAGGAUCCUGGUGGAGAAGAUUCACUCUGCUACGGCACCACCACCACCACCAUCCAACGGCGGGGGAGACACCAACCACGCCAUACCGGAGGCUUUAACAAACAACACUGCAACGGGCAAACUGGCGAGACGCAGCGACCGAUACGCCACCACCCUCCGCAACGAGAUCCAGCUAAAGAGGGCCCAGCUGCAGAAAAGCCGGAGCGCUGCCACCCUGACCUGCCCCAGCGAGACGGAGGAGCCAGAGGAGGAGGCAGACGCGGGGGGGUGGAAGUCCACCUCCUCCGACGGCUCCUUUUCCUCCUCCUACAAGGACCACCUCAAGGAGGCUCAGGCUAGGGUCCUCCAGGCCACGUCCUUUAGGAGGAGAGACCUAGAACCUCCCGGGUCAGGGUCGGAGGCUCCGUUAACCAAACCCAACUCACACAUAGUCUCCCGCAUUGGCUGCCGCAAGCGUUUCCCUCUGAACAAGAGGGUCCACUCGUUCUCCGAGCCAGACAAGAUCAACAAGCUGGGAGUGGAGGGUGAGGGAGAACAUCCCGUUGGAACAGCACGGCCGAUUGUAGACCGACGGAAGAUCUUUGAAAUGGCUGCUAAACCUGCCUUCUGCAGACCCAUCUCAACCAUCCACAAGUCAGGCCAGCAGAGCACCAGCACCACCUCCAGCACUUUGGAGCACUCUCCGGGCAAGGCCAGAGGGAGAGCCCACUCAGGAGAAACUCAGGAGAAACACCCAGACCCCCUCAGCCCCGCAGGCAGACAGGCCCUACUGGAGCAGCAGAGGCUGGGGACCUUCACCGAGUACCAGGUCACCUGGAACAUGCAGAGGAAGGCUUCAGACGCAAAGACCCAGGGGAGGUACCACUCUGCUGACGACAUCCUGGACCAGGGAACAGAGGAGACGCCUGUCUGUGUCCAUGAGAGGUCCAGAUCGUCUCCCUCACAAGACUUCUACACACAGAAGAUCCCUGUGCCAUGGAGAGAGACUGCUGAAAUUCUGGACCAUAGACAGGACCAGCAAGGAGGCAGUUACACCACCAGAGGGCCGAGCGAGAGCCAAGAGCAGCCAGCCCAGCUCCACCACUUCCCACAGCCUCCACAACCGUCUAUUCCAAGACUGACCGACACAGAGCCACACAGCAGCAGAGACGUGGCCACCCCCGCCCCCCUCCCUCUCCCUCACCCCUCUGACCACAGAUACAAAUGUGACUCUGCGGACCCCGGCCACAACCUCCCCGCGUACCCUUCCAACCACACCCACAGCUCUGUGUCUGAGCAACCACUACCACCUCCAACGGUGGCUCCCAAGCCCCAGAAUACAGGCCUCAUCAUCAUGCCACAGUGGCCUCUCCUAGGCCUGGAAACCCCCUCAGCCACAUCCUCCACCUACGGACUGUCUUCCCAGGAAUUCCUGCCUGGCCCUUGCACCCAUCAGGCUGAACCAUCAUCCAGCAGCAGCUGCUCCUCCCAUGGCACAGAGCUGGAUCCUGCCCCAAACCAAGCCUGCUCCUUGGGCUCCACCCAGCUCCCCUCUCCCUCCCCUGGGAGAACCGCUGGACUGGGCACGGAGGAGGGAGCAGCUGAUUCAACGCUAGAGCCGCCACCCUCCUCUUCCCACUCUCCUUUAUUCUCCUACCAGACUGCCAGUCUGACGGUUCCCUCCUCAGGUGGGACUAGUUCUCCCUCUCCUCAGUUUGCUCCACAGAGGUUGACGGACCAGCCCCCUGUCUCUGUGUCUGUGCAGGAUGAAGCCCAGAGCAGGCCAGAGAACCGGACCAACGCUGUGAUGGAGAUGAGCAGUGUAGGGAAGAAGGUCCCUGUGAAGAUCGUCCAUGCUGAGAGCACCACAGAGAGGGAGAGCCGCCAGUACCUGCUGCACAGCGAGAGAAAUGGGGCCCCUGGAGUUUCAGAGGGGCCCGACUUUCCCCCGCCCUUACCGACCAGCCUGCCCUCCCCUGAGCCGCAGCCCUACUCCCUGUUCCGUGCCUACACCCCCUACACACGCCAUGGGCCUCAGAGUCCCCCCAGGGACCCAACCCUCACUGUAGCCCCAGAAGAGGCCCUGUCCCCUGGGCGGUCUCAGACCAACGGUCCCUCCGGUACCGCCGUCAUGGGUCCCCAGCAGCCUCAGAAGAGUAAUUCGGAGGAAGAUGUGAAGAGAGAGGAGCUGGCCAGAGACAUCAUGGACAAGGAUAAGUCCCUGGUGGACAUCUUGGACCAGAGUAAGAUGAAGACCACCAUGGAUCUGAUGGGGGGGAUCUUCCCCCAGGGGGAGCAGAUCUUGGAUGGGGGGCACCAGAGGAGGAAAGUCUCCCCCAAACAGUGUUUGCCGCCCAGGGGCAUGGAUGAAAGGAGAGAGGAGGGGGGCAUGUCUGCUGCCACAGGGGCCCUGGUGACCAGCUCCACCUACUACAGUACAUCUGCCCCCAAGGCUGAGCUGCUCAACAAGAUGAAGGACAUGCAGGAGGAGGAGCUGGAGGAAGACUCCGAGGACGAACUGGACAUCGACCUGGCCAGCAAGAAGCAAGAGCUGAUUGACAGCCUGGGUAAGAAGCUGCAGGUGCUGCGCGAGGCCAGGGAGAACCUUCAGGAGGACCUCCACGAUAACAACUCUCUGGGGGACGAGGUGGAGGCCGUGGUGCAGAGGGUCUGCAAGCCCAACGAGCUGGACAAGUUCAGGAUGUUUGUUGGAGAUCUGGACAAGGUGGUCAGUUUGCUGCUCUCCCUGUCCGGCCGACUGGCCAGGGUGGAGAACGCGCUCAACAGUCUGGAGGAAGACACCACACCGGAAGAGAAGCGCACCCUGUCAGAGAAGAGGAAGCUGUUAAUCAGACAACACGAAGACGCCAAAGAGCUCAAGGAGAACCUUGACCGGCGGGAGCGCCUGGUUUACAGCAUCAUGGCUGCUCACCUCAGCCACGAGAGCCUGGCAGACUACCAGCACUUUGUCAAGAUGAAGUCAGCCCUCAUCAUCGAGCAGCGCAAGCUGGACGACAAGAUCAAACUGGGAGAGGAGCAGCUGAAAUGUCUGCUGGAUAGUUUAUUGUUGGAGCAGAGGCUGCUGUUCUGACGAUUGCUAGUGCAAUCCGAGAUCCUUGGGACGUCCAUACCUUAACCCCUACCCUAACCUUAACCCCUACCUUAACCUUUCAACUUCAAUAGGGUGACAUCAGAGUUGGGAUGUCCCAGGGGUCUCAUUUAGUCUAUUCCUUCUGACAAUGGCCACACAGGUAAUGUGGUGUACUGACACAGAUUGGCCACUAGAGGGCCUCAGAGGUGCUGUUGGACUUGGAUAUGAUGGAGGAUUCUCUGUGUGCUUUGUGGUCGUUGACUGACUGACUUGAAGCCUGUUACAUUUCAGUUCCACAGUACAGACAGGAGCUGUUUUUCUGUGCUGAAGAAACACCCCGUUUCUGGAUUUAAAGUAGCUCCUUCGAGGAAAUUAAUUAAGAUCGAUGAAACGUGUUUGAUUCAGGGAUGUUGGUGAGGCCUAUGCUCUCAAAUGAUUCUCAAGACGAGGCGGAGCGUCUGUUUUAUAUAAUGCGUGUUUGAAAGAUGAUUUUAGUAAUUUAUUGUAGCCUUUUAAAUAUUUACAGAUGACUUGACAUUUCAGGUAAACUCACCUAUAAACCUACGUUGUAGUUAAUUACAAUACAAAUGAUAUAUACAUAUUCUUAUUGUGAAGGAUAGGUUUUAUAAUUAGAUCAUUAACAGGGUUUUUCCUCAAUGGGACAGUGCUGGUUUGGUUGAGAAGUCUAAAGUUGUUUUCAUAUUUGCCCAAACAGUACUUGUCUUUCAUCAUAUUACACACACCACUACUAGCUACAGCACAGAUGUACGUUUUCAACCAAUCUUGUUCUCAGGCCCCACUUCCCGUACAAUAGUAUGGUAUUCCUUGACAAUGUUUAUUUCUUAGUCAUGUGCUGGGAUUGAUGGGUUACUGGUCUUUUUUUAAUUCCAAAAGUAUAAAAAGGUCAUUAAAGGUUUGAAAUCAGUUCUGGGCAGCAGGUAACCUGGUUAUAGAGGUGAUCCAGGAAACCAGAGGGUUGCCAGUUGCUGGAAACAAAUCCUAGAUGCCAUUGCAUGCCAUUUUGCCCUUGAGCAAGGCACUUAACCAGUGUGGCAGACCCCUGCACCACUCCAAAACAUGCAUGUGUAUUUUCAGCUUCCUUUUGGAGGAGUUGGGUUAAAGGCGGAAGGUGCAAUUUACCAAUAAAUGUAUCUUAAAAUCAAAGAGCGAAUUAGCACUUUUAUAGUCUCAUAAUUCCCCUGUUUAGGGACCCAUCUCAACCUGACUUGUGCCUGGGCGUCUGCCACUGUGAACACUAAAGGAUUUGUAUGUCCAUGCUUUGUAUAACCAUACAUACAUUGUACUCUCACAUCAAUUUGAAGACAAUAAACAGUAUGACUGAUGG